AUGAGCCAAUCGGUGCUGCAGAUCAGGAACGCACUUUUUAAGUCGUCAUUGCAGCGAGCUGCACCAGCCGUUUUUCCUGUUCCCAUAAAGAAAUUCGACAUCAAACCAGGAGAAAAAUGGGUAAUAUGGGGAGCCGAGAGGUCUAAAUUUAUGGAUGCGAUAGGAAACAAAUAUCUAUCGGUACCGUCUCUUUCCUUGCAAUAUGGCAUGAAAAAGAAUGCCAUUGCUAGGAUAGAGUUUGUUAAAUUUACAGGAGUGAUGCCCACGGCACACAUUAGUGCUCGGUACGAGUACUUCAAAGACGAUUUCGAUCAAACCUGCGGCAAGUUCAUUCAAGAUAAUUCGAUAGGAUCAAUGUCUGUUAACUAUGAAGUAACUCACACCAGCAGGAAAAUUGACCCACAGUUGUAUUCAUUUCUUUUAAGUGAGCUCCAUUUAAAGGAGCUGGAAAACCGCUGGGCCAUGGGACUCAGUAACGGUCAGAUGCGAAGGGCUCGUCUAGCACGCAGUUUAUUGAAGGAGCCAGAUUUGGCCCUCAUAGAUGAUCCCUUUUUGGGUCUCGAUCCGACGGCAACCAAGAUUAUUUCAGAUUUUCUGGGAAGAUACUCCAGAAGCCCGAUUGUGAUAGGAUUGAGGUAUCACGAUAAAAUUCCACCUUGGUGUACGCAUGUUUGUUGUGUCAAUGAUGAGGGCAUUGUUUUCCAGGGAAAUGUAGAUAGUGUACGGGACCUAAUCAAGUCGACGAGGGAGCGCUUUGAGCUUGUGAAUGCGAGGACAAACUUAGAAACAAAAUACAAAAUCGAGGAUCUAUUAUCCUAUCAUCCCUUAGCACAAGUGCCACAUCAUGAAGUUGUCAAGCUUCCUGAUGGAAUACAAUUUCAUGGUAUCUCUGUCUCAUACAAAGGCGAGCCUAUCCUAAAGGAAUUGAACUGGAAAGUGGCGCAGAAAACCAAAUGGCAUAUAAGGGGAAAUAAUGGUACUGGAAAAUCAACUUUGCUAUCACUAGUUACUGCAGAUCACCCCCAAUCGUGGAACUCGCGAAUUGUCGAAAACGGAUCUCCUAGAAAAACAGGCUCCACAGACUAUUUCACCAUCAACCGGAGAAUCGGUAUGUCUUCUCCUGAAUUGCAUGCUAUUUUCAACAAAUCGCAGAGCGCAAAGUUAAGCGUGAAGGAGUCUUUGGCUACAGGGUUUAAUGAAAACUCCUCUAAUGAUUUUCUAGCAUGUUACGGUCACCUAAGUCCCCAUCAGCGUCAAAUUUUAGACGUUUAUGCAGAUUAUUUCGGAUUGAAAGAUGUGGCUGAAGAAAAGUAUGGCAAUCUCUCGGUGAGUAAUCAGAAAUUAGUCUUAUUUGUUCGCAGCUUGUUAAAAAUGCCUCAGGUCUUGAUUCUGGAUGAAGCUUUCUCUGCUAUGGAGGAAGACUCAGUAAAGCUUUGUCAUCAAUUUUUGGAUUACUGGCCAGGUAUUGUGCUAGUUGUGUCCCACGUCCCCGCAGAAACCCCCCGGUGCGACCACUACUUACGGCUCAUCUCUCCAGGUCAUUAUGAGAUCGGUAACGUAACCUUUGGGUAA